UAAAAUCAGUUUCUCAUUUUCUAUAUAAAUAAGUCCCCCCUUGUUAUUACUUAGGCCACAUCAAAUGGCGUUAGGGAAGAUAACCCUUGUGCAGGGUCUAGCCUUGGUCAUGGUAACUUUGCUAUGGACUGGAACCAUGGCUCAAUCAGACUGCACCAGUGUGCUAAUCACGAUGGCUCCAUGCUUUGAUUAUGUGACUGGAACCUCCUCAACCCCAUCUGUUCCAUGCUGCUCACAGCUUGCUAACGUUGUUCAAUUACAGCCACAUUGCCUUUGCAUGGCCCUCAGUGGUGGUGGUUCAUCAGUGGGUGUGGAAGUAAACCAGACACUUGCCCUUGCACUCCCUCAACUUUGCCAUGUCAAAACCCCACCUGAGAACAACUGCAAAGCUGCUGAUGGACCUGCUGUAAUUUCAAUAUCUCCAUCUGGUUCACCUCAAGGUUUACCACCCCAUUCAAAUGAUACCCCAGGCAGCAACUCUUCAACAUCAGGUGGAUCUAGAACAAUUGCAGCUACUGCCAGUGAUGUUAUCUUCAACACAUCCCUUCAGUUCAUCCUGUUCUUGCUGCCCAUUGCUUUGUUUUCUUCAACUUGGACCACCAUCUCCUAAGGCUCCUAUACAUAUGCUUCUGUUACUAAUUUCAGAUCCUAUCUACUUGUGUUUUAUCCUCCACUUUUAGUACUUCCUAUGCUUUGUUUAUUUAUUAAUUAUCUCUCUGUUAUGCAAAGACAGGAGAAUCACUCAAAAAGUUUCUUCAUGUUUGUCUUUGUACUGUAAUAUCAGUUGAUGAUAACGAAACUUUAUUUAAAUAAUAAUAUCGUUUGAAUAA